AUGUCUGAACGAAGGCAAUCAGUGUCGUUCUCUUCUCCCCCCAAGAUCAACCGCUCCGCAUCCUACAAUGUGCCUACUAGAGAUAGAUCUGCGUCGUUGACCGUGCCACUGGAGAAGAGAAACCACUCGCUGUCUGUCUCCUCCGUUGACCUGGCUAUGUCUGAGCAUUUCCAGGACAACAACAAGGAUAAGGGCGAGAUUUAUCUCAUGGACAACAUCGACUUGGAAAAACAACUCAUCAUCACCGCAGGCGGUAAACGCGAGAAUGUCAUGUGUUUCUUGGUUAAGCUUCUUUUCCUCACCUCGGUGGUUUUGGGUUCAUGUGUGCUUGUAUUCUAUGCUCUUUAG